GGGGCCGAGCGCGCCGCAGCUCGAGCGCUCCGCGACACACCCACCUCCAUAUUAGGAGAGAGUGGCGAGUGGUGUAAAUGGGCUCCGCGGUACCGCAGUGAGCACAGCGGGGGACGACGGCGCGGUGACACCUCCACUUCCCACGGACACAGCCCUCUCUCCCAACUCGCGUUUAUUUACAGUAUGGAGGAAUUCUUACUACGUGCCAAAUCCAUGCUGGAGACCGGCUCUCAGUGGUCGAGAAUCCAUGCAGUUCUGGGAAGAGAUCAGGUGGAUGUCGACACUCUGGCCUCAUCCUUAGGCUAUGCGUAUUUCCUCAGCCAGAAGGAGCCCAGUGACUGCCUCUGUGUGCCCCUUGUGAAUCAGAGACGUUCAGAAUAUAGCCUACCAGAGCAGACACGUGCCUUUCUGCAGGAGGUCCGUGUGCCCGAGUCCACUCUGCUGUGGAGGGACGACGUAGACUUGGUCCAGCUCCACGCCACUGGACAACUCACAGUCACACUCCUGGGUGGUGAUUGGCUCAACAGGGGGGAGGCAAGCUCCCUGGCAUCAAGCGUCAUCAGAGUGAUCCAUCGCUCCGAGCGACAGGGACAUGGCGAGGGGGCGGUGCCGUUGACAGCCAUUGUCACCAGGGAGAUCCUCCAGGAGGCGUCGGAGCGGCUGUCAGCCCCCCUGGCCGGACUCCUCCGAGGUGAGGGCCACUGA